AGUGUCGACCAUAAAAUUGUCAUAGAACAAAAAUAAGAAUAAGAUCAUAAUUCAUUCAAUUUGCUGUUGUUUUUGCUGUUAUUGUUUUUUAUUUGUUGCAAUGAUGGCACCAAAAUUACCACCAAAACCUCAACGUGAACAAGCAAAAGUAUUGUUUCGUUAUGAUGCACAAAAUGAUGAUGAGCUUACUAUAAAAGAAGGUGAUAUAAUAACAAUAAUUUCAAAAGAAAAUGAAGAUGCUGGAUGGUGGAAAGGUGAAUUAAAUGGUCGUAUAGCAUUAUUUCCAGAUAAUUUUGUUGAAAUUAUUAAACCAUCACCACAACAACAACAAGCAAAUGUUCAAGAAGAAUCUACAUUAUCAACAUCAAAAUUUUUUUUGAAUCGAGUCAAAAAACCUGAUCGUAAUCUUCAUACAUCGACUAAUAAUAAUAAAGAUUCAACAGCAGAAAAUAAUAAAGAAUCAAACAUUAUAACUAAUAAUAAAAAUAUUAAAACAAAAAUGCUUCAUCAACAAUCAUCAUCAUCAUCAGUAAAUAAUAAUAAUAAUAAUAAUAAUACAACUUCUGAUAUGGAUGAUGAUAUUGUUAUUGAUAAUAAUAAUGAAAAUGGUAUCGAUUCAAAUAAUAAUAACAACAGUAAUAAUAAUAAUAACAAUAAUAAUAAUAAUAAUGCAUCAAAAUUAUAUCAUCCAACUAAACAAAGACCAAAAAUACCAACAAAUUCUCGACGACCACCAUCAUUAUAUUUUGGUAAAGAUUUUGAUCCAAAUAUGAUUGAUGAUGAAAAUGGUUUGAAUUCAUCUUUGACAAAUAAUGAUAUACAACAACCAAUACAAUCACCAACAAUUAUACCAACUACAGAAUCAUCUUCAUUAAAUGGUGAUUUGGAUAAUAAUCGACAACCAACAGAAGGUGGCAGUAUUGGGCCUAGCAAUAAAGAAAUUAUUAGUGGUGGAACAUCAUCAUCAUCAGCAUCACAAAAAUUAUUACCAUGGAUGUUAGAAUUACGUGAAGCACAAGAAGCUAAACGUCAACGUAAUAUAAAUAGAUUAGAUAAUACAGAUUCAUCAUCUUCAUCACCAUCAACAGCAACAACAACAAUAACGGCAACUGCCACCCCCACCACAACUAUAAAUACAACUAUAGCCAACAAUAGCCAAUCGCAAAAUUUAUUAAACAAAACGGCCUUAUCCUCAUCAUUAUGUACAUCAUCAUCAUCAUCAUCAUCUACAAGUACAACUACAUCAUCAUCAUCAUCAUCAUCAACAACAACAACAACAUUAAUAUCAAAACCAUUUGUAUCGAAACAGAAUAAACCAAGUUUAUUGAAUCAUAAUACAAAUGUUAAUGAUUCAACAACAACAACAACAACAACAAAUACACCUACAACAACAACAUCAUCAUUAUUUUUAUUUCCAUCAUUACGUCCAUCUGCUAAUAGUAAUAUUAAAAAUAACUUGAACAAUUCAAUUACAACAACAACAACAACGGCUGCGACAACAACAACAACAAGUGAUCAUCAAAAACUAUCUAAUGGUACAGCAUUAAGUCCAAAUUCAAUCACAUCAUCAUCAUCAUCAACAAACAUUAAUAAUGGAUUAAAUUUAUUGAAAAAUGAACAACAACAAAAUGAACAAUUACGACAAGAAAUACAAGAGCUUCGUACAAAAAUAUCAACAAUGGAUAUUCGUAUUGAUACAUUUAUUAAACAACAACAACAUUCAAUGGAUAAAAUGCAAACAACAAUCAAAGAUUUAAUGGAAAGUGAACGAAAAUCAAAAAUUGUUAUGAAAGAUUUGAUUAAUGAUUGGGCUGAACAGAAAAAAAAUAUAACAAUCAUAAUGAUCGAAUUAGAACGAUUGAAAAAAUUGAAUACAACUGUAUGAAGAAAAAGUGAAAAACGAAAAAACAACAAAACAACAACGACUAAUGUUGGCGACCAAUCAAUGAAAAAUGAUUAUGAUUUCAGUCAAUAAAUGAUCAGAAUUACAUGGACCAUACACACACACACACACACUCAUUAUAAUCGUAAUCAAUUUUUUCCUCUUUUUUUUUAAUUCAAUUAUCGUGAUGUGAUCGGUUAUAAUAAUAAUGGAUUUUAACACAAACACACACACACGG